GAGCCCGGAUUCUGCAAAGGCGCACCAGCGGCGGUCCGCGUUGCAUUGCCAGGGUUGCAAAGGCGAUGGGGGCAACCCGUCUUUGCAUUUCCCCCGGGGCGGCGGGGGUGGCGCUUGGAUCCUGCCCCGGGCUGCUGGAGGGUGGAGAGGGGGGGCGGUGGAGAGAAAGAGCAGGAGGCGGUGCCAGCAGCAGCCCCCUCGCCUUGCAAGCGCAGCGUCUGCAGCUGCCGAGCUGUCCGCGCGUGCGACGGGGCGCGAGGAGGAGCCUGCGGAGGAAGGAGGGAAAGAGGGAGGGGAGAAGGAGGAGAGGAGAGAAAGAGGGAGGGGAGAAGGAGGAGAGGAGAGAAAGAGGGAAGGGAGAAGGAGGGAGGAGGAGGGAGGAGGAGAGGAGAGGAGGGCGCGUCUUGGCCAGCAGCGAGCCGAGGAGGCCGGCCGGGCGCCCGGACAGACGGAGGGACGCGGAGCCGCCGCCGCCGCAGAGGCCCGACCUUGCGCGCCUUCUUCGGCGAGGAUGAGCCGGGUGUCGUCGUCGGCGGAUGGGGCGCCGUCCUCGCCGCCGUCGUGGCUGCCCAGCCACGUCCAGGUGACGGUGGUGCAGGCGCGGGCUCUGCGCGCCAAGGGCGGCCCGUCGGGCGACGCCUUCGUGGCUCUGCAGCUGGGCGGCCAGAAGUACCGCACGCCGGUGGCGCCGCAGCGGAGCGGGCCGCGCUGGGCCGACGAGUGCGCGCUCCAGCUGCCACCCACGCCCGGCCCCGACGACGCCGACGCCGACGACCCGGCGCUCCUGCUGCAGAUCACCGUCUGGCAGCGCGCCCUCGUCGGCACCGACCGCUUCCUCGGGCGCGCCGCCGUCCCGCUGCGCCAGCUGCUCCAGCGAGGCGGAUCCCACCCGGACCAGUGGUACAAGCUGCACUCCAAGCCUGGCAAGAAGGAGAAAGAGCGCGGGGAGAUCCAGCUGAGCAUCCAGUUCACGCGCCACAGCCUGACGGCCAGCAUGUUUGACCUGUCCAUCAAGGACAAGCCCCGGUCGCCCUUUGGGAAGCUGAAGGACAAGCUGAAGGGCCGGCAGAAGUACGACCUGGAGUCGGCCUCGGCCAUCGUGCCCAGCAGCAGCGGGGCCCUGGACGAGGAAUUUGGCCUGGCGGGCAAGAAGGCCAAGGGCAGCUUCUUCUUCAAGAACAAGCUGCGCAAGUCCUCCCUCACCCAGUCCAACACCUCCCUGGGCUCCGACAGCACCCUCUCCUCGGCCGGCAGCCUGGUGGGCCUCGGACCCUCCGAGGUGGGCAUGGUGCCCUCGCCCAGCCGCCACAGCAGCUUCUCCACCGAGCGCUCUGUCAGAGACUUCCUGCCUUCCCCCAAGCUGACCCACAAGAGGGCCUUCAGCGACGAGGCCUCCCAGUCGACCCAGAGCCUGAAGCCCCAAAACGACCCCAUCUCCCGGUCCUCCCUGUGCAUCAACGGGAGCCACAUCUACUGCGAAGAGCCCGCGCCAAAGCCUUCCUUCAUCUCCGCAGCGCCUGCUCCUCCUCCUGCCGCCGUCGCCGCCAGCAAGCCGCACGAGGAGGCCUUUGGAUCCGAGCCCCCGGCCGCCCCCGAGCCGGACCUGCCGCCCUGGUCCAGCGGCAUCUUGCCGAAGGCGCCCCCCAAAGACCCUCCCCGUUUCAUCCCCUCCCCUCCCAUUCUGGCGGCCCAGGAGGAAGACAAGCUGUCCGUCAAGACCAUCGCCCUCAACAAGCACCGCGUCAGGGCCAGGAGGGAGGAGGAGGAGGCAGCGGCCGCGGCGGCCGCCCUGCACGCCGAGAGCAAGCCCAUCCAGAUCGCCACGCCCAUGGUCUUCUCCGGGGACGUCCAGAGGGUCCGGCCCCAGCCGGAGGAGGAGGCGGAGGAGGAGAAGAGGUUCUCCAAGACGGGCUUCUUCCGCCGGGGGAGCAGCAAAGAGGGCGGCGGGAAGAGCGGGGAGCCGCCCCCCCGGGUGGUGGUGGCGGCCGGAGAAGAGAGGGGCAGGAGCAGGAACAGCAGCUGGUUCAGCCUCCAGGAUGCCAAGGAGAUGCCCCCCAAGCCCAGUUCCCCGGACCACCCUUGUCUCUCUGCGGAUCAGGACCCCCCUCCCUUCGCCACGGCUGGAGACCUGCCGCCCGAGGCCCAGAGCGCCAGGACCCCGUCUCCGCCCGCCUCUGCCAGGGCCCCCCCGGAGUGGGACGACAGCUUUGACGCCUUCGCCACCAGCAGGCUCCGGCCGGACGCUCCCAGGGAGCCUCCGCCUGCAGGGAAGGGGCUGGAAGGCGGUUCCCACCCGGACGCCCCCCUAGCCGAGACCCCGGAACCCCAAGCCGGGGGACAGGAGGAUGCCGGCCCACUGAGUCCAGAUCCGCUGAGCUGCCCCCCUGAGCAGGGGCUGGGAGGAGCGAGAAGAGAGAGCUUGGGGGGCCAAGCCUUGGGCCAGCCCUCGGAGAGCAGCUCCUGGGGGGAGCCCUGCGAAGAAGGCCCCCCGGAGGACAGCGGGAGCCCCUGGCCCACCGUGGACGAGGUCUUCUUGGAGGAGAGGCCCCCCCCUCCACCUCAAAGCGCGACCGCGGAAAGCCCCCUCUGUGGAAGCGGCCGGGCCCCCCAAGCCGAAACUGGGGAGGCCCCCGCGGCCGACUUGCCUCGCUGGGACGCCGUGGGGCGAGAGGAAGCUGCCCUCUGCCUGGCACCCGACGAGGCGCCCGAUGCCAGCCUGAAUAUAGAGGAGGCCAGAGAGAUGCCCGGCUGGGGGGCUCAGGAACAGGCCGAGGGACCCCCCCGGAAGCCCCCAAGGAGGUUCGUGCCCCUCGGCCUAGAGGAGGCGUGGGGCGUCCAGGAGAGGCGGAAAGACGAGUCAGCUGUGCCCGAGGAGCUGGAAGUGCCCGCAGAGGGCGAAGGGACGCCUCCCCCAGUGGCCGCCGCCUCCUCCUCCCUGGCGCCACUGGUGAUAAUGGGAGCAGCUGGCGUCCGUGCCACCGGGAGCCUCGGGCUGGCAGGCGACGGCGCCGAACCUGCAGCAGAUAAUGAGCUGAGGGGCCGAGGCCUCCCUUCGGGGGGGACCCCGGGGGCCGAGCAGUUUGAAACUUGCCCUACCGAUCUCUCCUUGGGCGCGUCAGGCCUGUCUGACUCCUCCGUGUGGCAGGCGGGCGCUCCCUGGCCGCAGGGGCUCUCGGAGCUGGGCUCGCUGCAGACGGCCAAGGAGCUCCCCGCGCGCAAAGAGACCCCCCAGGACCCCCGGCCCAGCCCCUCGGUCCUGUUCUGGACGGCCGUGGAGGAGGAGCAGCCGCUGUCGCAGGACUCGGGGCCCGAAGGACGGCGGCCAGGGCUUGGGGGGCCGGAGGAAGAUUUGCCGCCAGGAGAAAGAGGGGCUCUCUCCUUCCCGGAGGGGGACCCUGCGCGAAGCCCCCUCAGCCAGAGCCUGCCCGCCACGUCGCCCCCCUUCCCCGCGGUCUUGGCAGGCGGGCAGCUCAGGCAGGCUCGGGCCGGCAGCUCUCUGAGCGAGUCGGAGCUGUCGUCCAGCUGGUCGGACGACCGGGUGGUGGACUUCAAGAAGGCCGACUUUUGGCAGGCGGGCAGAGAGGAGCCUCAGGGCAGCUGGACGGACACCGCCCUGGCACCGGGCAACCCCUUUGCCCCCUGGGCCGGGACGCCACCGCCGCCUUCCCCGCAGAACAACCCCUUUGUGGAGAGGCCAGCUGACCCGGCCUCCUCGGAGGCGGCCGUCCUGCCGGUCUCCUGGGUGGAGGGUCUGGGCGGCCCGGAGGCGGCCCCUCACGGCUUCUUCCUUGCGCACCCCUCCGAGGACCAACCUGCCGCCCCCGUGACUUUCUCCACGCCUUCGCUGGAGGGGGCUGCCCACCCCAGCGACUUCCUCUUCCCGUCUCCCGUCCUGCAUCCUGACUUGGGCAGGGGCUCCGCUGUGGCGGCCUCCUCCCUCGCUCUCCCGCGGCCCAGAGCCGCCUCAGUGGCCUCUCCGGUUUCGCCCGUGGGGGCGCCGCAGGCGGAAGAAGCGCCUCCUCUCCAGUCGACGGCCAGCCCCCACCCCGUCAAGCCCAUCAGCAGCUCUCCGGGGCCAAACCCCCCUCAGGAGGAGGAGAAGCAGAGGCCGGCGGGCAGCCUGACCCCUGUCCGGAGCAGUGGCCAGGAGCGCGAGCCGGGCAGCGCCGUCAGCGUCACUGCGGGGGGAGCGCCCACCUCCCAGCUGGAGAAACCGGAGCCCAAAAGGGACUCUUCCGCGCUGGAUCCGUCCGCCAAGUAUUACCACCUGACGCACGACGAGCUGAUCCAGCUGCUGCUGAAGCGAGAGGCGGAGCUGAGCCAGACGCAGGAUCAGGUCCGCGAGCUGGAGAACUACAUUGACCUCCUCCUGGUGCGCAUCAUGGAGCAGUCUCCCCGCCUGCUGCAGAUCCCCCUGGAGGGGGAGCCCAAGGCAGCCAAAUAACGCCCCCACCCCCCUUUCCACCCGCCACGCCUCUGCCCUCCCCACUCUUCAGUUCCCGGCCCCCUCUCCUGGCUCAAGGCGGCCCCCCAUGGAAGGAGAGGCCCUGCGGAAAGGGCCCUUUGCUUCCGGACCUCUGGGCCACGGGGAACCGGGCGCCGGUGUUUGUGGGACGCAGCCGGUUUUGAGCAAGACGCCGUUGUCUGGAGAGUCGCUCGCCUCCCGUCCUGCAAGCUUCCCGGUCCAUCGCAGCACCCGCAGUUACGCCCAGGGCUAGGAUCCACUCCCCGUCCCCUGGGAUGGUGACUCUGGCGGGCUGUUGGCUCCCUGUCUGUGGGGGUGGUGGGUGUUCCGGGG